CUGCUACUCAAUCUCUAAUUUCGAUCAUGUCCUUACAAGUCGGCGACAAGUUCCCUUCCAACAUUGAGUUCCAACACAUCCCCAUCAAUGUUUCCGAGGUUGAAAACAACAACGUCUUGAAAUGUGAAAUUCCAACCUUGUUGAAGUUGGAUAAGGUGUUUGAAAAACUCGCUGACACCGAAACCCCAAAUGUUCUUAUUGUGGCUGUCCCAGGUGCUUUCACGCCAACAUGUACGGAGAAUCACAUCCCUCCAUAUUUGGAGCACUUGUCUGAUUUAAAGGCCGAAAAGCAUAUUGGUGCUGUGAUCAUUAUUGCUACCAACGAUGCUUUUGUGCUCAAUGCCUGGGGAAAAUUGUUGAUCAAGGACGCCAUCAAAAAUGUCGCUCUGAUCAAGGAAGCAAAUGGACCUUCUGUGUACUUUGCUAGUGACGUCAAUGGCUCUUUCUCCAAGUCUUUUGACUUGGCCAGCGACAAGGGCACUGGAAUCAGAACUUCCAGAUACGCUACUGUGAUCGAUUCUAAGGACAAGACUGUGAAGUACUUUGGUGUUGAAGUUGAGCGUGGUGUCAAGUUCAGCGGUCUUGAUGCUGUGUUGGGUGCCAAGUUGUAGGUAUGUAACUCUUAGACAUUAGAAUAUAUUGCGAUAAUUGAAG